AUGGAAUCAACUCACGAGAACCUUGCCAAUUUAAUUCGCGAAAACAAAGGAAACAUCUGCAUAAUAACUGGUGCUGGAAUCAGCGCGCACGUACUUCCAACAUUUCGAUCGUCUGACUCCAAAGGUUUAUGGGAUGUUGUCGCUGACAAAUCAUUGGACAAGUUUCAAUUUUAUUCUCAACCCGACGUUUCAUGGAAACUUUGGGCAAGUAUAAGAGAUUUACAAAAACAAAAAUUCUUAUAUCCUUCAAAAGCUCAUCGUGUGAUACAUUAUUUGAUGAAAUACGGUUACAUAGACACAUUAUUAACUCAAAAUAUAGAUUCUCUUCAUAGCUUCCAAGGGGAUGAGUCAAAAAUCAUUGAGCUUCAUGGGAAGGUCACAGAAUUCGGUGAAUGCGAAAAAUGUAACAGAAAAACGCCUGUUGAUCAUCUAAAAGUUCUCCAGUCUGGAAAAUGCCCGAAAUGUCCCGUAUGUAACUCGAAUUUAAGGCCUACGGUUGCAUUUUUCCAAGAUCUAAUUCCUAAAGCACUCAGACAGAAGGCAACAAAAAUUUGCCAGACUACUGACCUUUUAAUACUAAUUGGCACUCACUGCGUGGUCGAUCCUGUUGUUACACUAGUUGCAGAGGCUUUUCAAAGCGGAGCGACCGUCGUGGAAAUAAAUCCUGAUGAGACGCGAAUAUCUGACAAAUGUGAUAUGAAAUUCUAUGAAAAAGCAGAUGAGGCGCUAGUGGCUGUAGGAAAUAUACUAUUCCCUGGUGUAGAUUUUGAAAACAAAACUGAUGUAGAGCCUAUUAUUCAAUAA